AUGUCAACUCAAUCUCAUAGUCCCCGUCCUAGUUUUUCAGAUAUUUUCUUUUCAUCAGAAUCUGGUACAGAUGGAGAGGUCUUAAAUAAGGGAAUGCCUCCUUUAUGUUUUCUAAUUGAAAGUAUCCAUUUAAAGGGUGGAUUAGAACAUUUAGGUACUAUUUAUUUUAUAUUAAGAUAUUAUUCAGGAAGGUCUCAACUCAAAGAAAAUUUAAUAAAAGGAAUUCCCAUAACUAUAUUUAAUAUUACUAAUCCUCAUAUUUGUUUAUACUUCCAUACAAAAACAACUAAAAUUGGAUAUGUUACUAUCAAUUUGGAUGAAUUUGAUAGAAUUGUAAUUAAUAGAAGAUUUCAAAUUCUUUUUAAUUCAUCGUUUCAUGCAACAACUCCAAUGGCACUUCAGUCAACAAUUCGUCUUUCAUUUAAUAGUAUUUCUACAAUUCAAUUGAUUCAAAAUUCUUUUAUUCCAUUUAAUAUAGGAAAUACAUUAGAAAAAUAUAAUAGACCAGAUAUUGAGGUUAAAUUAAUUCGCGUAGGAGAUGUUUUCUUUUCUGAAUGUCAAAGUAAUUUAUUGAAAAAGCCUUUACCUUUAUUAUUACCAAAUUUUACUCAAAAUGAUACUGAGAUCGAGAUCUUUCACAACAAUCUCAAUCCUCAAAAUCGGUUAUUUAAGAUUAUUGAGAAGAUUGAACCUCAUGACUUAUUGAGUUAUGAGUUAGUCAGUAUCCCACCAACAGAAAAUAAUAAAAUUGUUCUUGAUAAUUUCCUUUCUUGUAUCAAUUGGAAAGAGUUAUUAAUCAAUAAACGUAAAACUUCAUUCCAAAUUAUGGACUUUGACGAAAAAGGUCGAGUUGUUAUUAAACAAGAAGAAACUUUUCCAGGGUAUUUCGUUAGAAUAAACUCAAAGAAAAAAAUGGUUAAACUUUGGUUGACAAAUGAAUCAAUGUUUGAUUGGGCUUUGGUACAUGUAGAUAAAAAAGAUAUGCAUUACUAUAUUUCGUUAUAUGCUAAUCCCCUUCAAAAACACAUUAAAACCCAAUUUAAUGAUUAUGAGUUUAGUACCAGUAUGGUACUUAAAGUACCACUGGAUGUUGUGUCUAUUCAUUCGUUGACUUUUUUCCUGUAUGAACUUCAACCUUUCAAUUCAUCAUUGACAACAAUGAAAUCACUAUUCCCGUUGUUCUAA